GACGGUUUCAUACACCGCCCGUUUACGCCCAACGACCCGCCGACAACCCCACCCGACAAUCCACCCAGCAAACUCCCGGAGCAGAUCGCCAAGAUGGGAGCCCUCAAGUACGUCGAAGAGAUCGCCAAGAAGAAGCAGUCGGACAUCCUCCGGUUCCUGCUGCGCGUACGCUGCUGGGAGUACCGCUCUCUCAACGUGAUCCACCGCGCCUCGCGUCCCUCGCGCCCCGACAAGGCUCGCCGUCUCGGGUACAAGGCCAAGCAGGGUUACGUCAUCUACCGCAUCCGCGUCCGCCGUGGUAACCGCAAGAAGCCCGUCCCCAAGGGUGCCACCUACGGAAAGCCCACCAACCAGGGUGUCAACCAGCUCAAGUACCAGCGGUCGCUCCGCUCCACCGCUGAGGAGCGUGUCGGACGGCGAUGCGCUAACUUGCGCGUGUUGAACUCCUACUGGAUCAACCAGGAUGCCACCUACAAGUACUUUGAGGUGAUCCUCGUCGACCCCCAGCACAAGGCCAUCCGCCGUGAUGCCAGGAUCAACUGGAUCGUGAAGCCCGUGCACAAGCACCGCGAGUCCCGCGGCCUCACCGCCACCGGCAAGAAGUCGCGUGGUCUCAACAAGGGCCAUCGCUACAACAAGACCACUGCCGGUCGUCGCAAGACCUGGAAGCGCCACAACACCCUCCAGGUCCACCGUUACCGUUAGAAGGGUCGUUAGCAUCGCUCGCUCUUUGUCGGUUUCUGUCGUAUCUACUGUUGUUCUUUGCGUGGGGCGCUCUUGUGGAAAAUAUCUUCUCGCUUUUCGAAUUCCACAUGCCGCAUGAUUCAUGAGAUACUGGACUGUUGUGACUUUGAUUGUGAUUGUGAGAGUGAUGAAAUUAUGUGGAAUGCGGGAAAAGAGAAAUACGUGCCAUUUGGGUGGGGACGUUGAAAGCCGGAGUAGAUAUGACAACAAGCUUGAACAGCUUAUUCUCCGCCAAAACUCCCAUUCUAGAAAAAGAACUAUCAGGAGCUUCUAUUUCGCUUGUUGCGUCGCUCAAUACAUACACGCGGAUUUUUGAGUUAUGACAUCCCGUCUGAUGGAGAAAAGACGAGGGUCUUUUGAAGGAACAUCGCUUGUAU